ACAUCUGUCAUCCCAAUGAAACUUCAUUUUCUUGUCUUUAAAUGUAUACAUUAUAGAUUCGAUAACCAGUUGUUAAGUGUAAGAAAACAAAACUACGUAGACAUGCAAAUGGAUGAUCUUCCUGAAAUAAACUUUGAAAGUUCUUUGAGAGCUUCAUCGACAUAUACUGCUAAAAAUAAACAAUCUCAAGAAAGCAAAAUCCAGCAAAAUGAAAUACUACAAUCAAUAGACAUAGAUGAUGAAAAGCAAGACAGUGAGCUUGAGGAAGUUGGCAUUCUAGUGGAGUCAGUGGACACACUUCGAGUCACAGAAGCUGACAGUCUGCCAGUAAAAACACAAACUAAAAAGUUGCUUGAGAACUUCAUUCAAGACUUAACUGAAUAUGACACUACUUUAUUAAAACAAUAUUUAGACAUCCUUCAUAAUAACAAUCAGACAGUCAUUAAGGAUGUCAGUAAUAAUAUAGUAUCCAGCAUUGAACAAGUAUUAAGGCAGCAGUCAGUCGGUCACUAUGAAUGGCCAGAAAAUGUAUUGAUGGUGAUACUGAGCUGGCUGGUUGUCUCUAUCCUGUGUCUGGCGGACCCACAUGUCAAGCCUCCUUACAGAGUGUUUAGUGAAUUGCUAACUCAAACUACCAUGAAAGAGCGUGUGCGACUGGCGACUGCCUGCUGGCGACAUCUCAGCCCCGACCAGUUGAUAGAACUGGCGGAUGUAGCAAUCGGUCCAGGUGGCAGAAUGGACACAGAGAUCCGAGACGAGCAACACUUGGCCAUAGAUGAGGUGGAGGGACAGGACACGAGUCUCACGGACCUGCUGCUACGAGCCACGCUGGGCCGUUUACAGACGACAUCCGCGGAGCCACAGGUAGGAACAUACAUCAUAGUCAUGACAAGCUCAGUCACUCACACUGAAGGGUUUCUCGUCAUCUCGAAUCUGUGGCAGUGGUUCCUUGGGCGGCUGGAGGGUGAGGAGGUGACGGAGCUCGUAUCCGCCGCGUGGCCAACGGCAGGUGGAGGCGCGCGUUCCCUCCUUACACGUGUGGCGAUGAGAGCUCACGCCGCGGGCCGGCUGCACGCGCCACCCGCAGUCCUGAAAGCCGCCUCCAGAGCCACGAGCGCCUCGAGUCAGCCCGAAACAAUUAAGGUCCUGGUCGACGUGUCCAAGUUAGUCCUAUUGUUUAUCGGAGAUGACGAAGAGGAUAAAAUCCUCGCUGAGAAACCCAAGAAACGAGGUAGACCCAGGGCCAACAUAUCCAACUAGAGAUCGUAAUGAUCGGGGGGUACCGUAGUUAGGAGUCUCUCAAGCGGCAGUGUAAGUGCAGCGCCGCAGAGUGGCCGCUCGUACAAACCCUCGCUCCGCCACCUUUGGGACACAACAGUCGCUAUUGUAUAUGUCGCUAUUAGUCGCUAUUAUAUAUCUAGUAUACAGUAGUGGAACAUGGAACACACCCGGAUGUUAUCAAGGCUUCCCUGGCCUUGGGCUGUAACAGGGACACGACAGUCCUCAGUGACCGCCCCACUGCUGCUGGACCCUGAAGCGAUAUUCGUCGCGCUGCAGCGAGCAGGGAGCAACCCACACCACGACCACGCCAUCUAAACAGUCAAACUUGUUUGUUAAGAUUUAUUGUAAGACACCAUUUAAGACAAUACUUUAUAAAAACAUCUUUGUAUUACAUAUGUUUUAGUGCCAAUAAUCGCUUAAGAAAAAAAAACAAAUGUU